UGUGACCAGCAGAUGGGCGGGUUGUACGCAGUCCUUUCUGUUUUUUUGGAUUCAAUCUGAAACUUUUUGCGUAAUCUGUACGGUAGUUAGAGCCUGGUCCUGAAAUGGAUAUCACGUCCAAGCCAAGGUGGAAAUGUGUCCGGCACCAGUUAUUUUUAUUCCUGUUUUAUUCAUUUCAGUCCUUAACCUCGGCAGUCAUACGGUAUUCGGUCCCAGAAGAAAUGGAUCGUGGCUCUUUUGUUGGACACCUUGCAAACGACGUGGGCAUACCUCGUACAGAUGUGGCAGCUCGUCGGCUCCGCAUAUCCUCAUCAUCAAACACUCAGUUUUUAAAUAUUAAUUCUGAGACCGGAGAUUUGUACCUGACGGAGAGAAUAGACAGGGAGGAAAUGUGUGACAAAAUGCUUUUGUGUCUCCUGAGAUUUGAGGUCAUUACUGAAAAUCCUUUGCAGGUAUUUGCAGGAGAAGUUGAAAUUCAGGACAUCAAUGACAAUCCUCCGGUGUUCCUACCGGAUGAGAUUGAAUUAAUUAUCAGUGAACUGGCAUCCCCAGGUGCCCGCUUUAGGCUAGGACAGGCGGAGGAUCCAGAUAUGGGUACAAACUCACUUCUUGACUAUGAAAUCAACCCUACUGAUUAUUUCAGCGUGAUUGUGACAGACGGAGACAGUGGUCAGUACGUGGAGCUUGUUCUGAAUAAUGGUUUGGAUCACGAAGCACAAAGCGAUCACAUGCUUAUACUCACAGCAAAAGAUAAUGGGGUCCCGAAGAGAUCUGGUACCGCACAAAUACACAUAAAUGUUGUGGACGUCAACGACAAUGCACCUGAGUUCAGUCAGGCAGUUUAUAGGACAAGUCUGAAAGAAGGCUCACCAAAAGGUACGUUAAUAGUUAAAGUAAGUGCAACAGACCGUGAUGGUGGAGCUAAUGGGCGAGUAAGAUAUGCUUUCAAAAAAAUAACAGAGACAACACGUUCUUUGUUUAAACUGGAUCCUGAUAGUGGUGAAAUCAUCCUGGAGGGGAUGCUAGAUUAUGAAAAAAUGAAAGGGUUUGAAAUUAUAGUUGAGGCUAAAGAUGGCGGUGGACUGACUGCCCAAAUCAAAGUACUCAUAGACGUUCUUGAUGACAACGAUAACGCACCUCAGAUAACUGCUUCCUCUGUUUCGAAAGAAAUUUCAGAAGAUGCCAUUCCUGGUACUGUUAUUGCAUUUAUAAAUAUUGUUGACUUGGAUUCCAGUAACAAUGGAGAAACUAACUGUUACUUGCAAGAAAAUGUUCCAUUUAAGCUGAUACCAUCAUACAAGAAUUACUACACACUGGAGUUGAAUGGAUCACUUGAUAGAGAAAAGGACCCUGAGUAUAAUAUUACAAUCACCGCUAUUGAUAAGGGCUCACCACCUCUUUCAGCAGUAAAGUCCAUCUGUCUUAAAAUUACUGACAUAAAUGACAACCCUCCUCGGUUUUCUAAAGUCAUAUACAAUAUAUAUGUAAGGGAAAAUAACCCUCCGGGAUAUGUAAUCCACACAGUAGAGGCAAAAGAUCCUGACUGGAACCAAAAUGCUCAGGUAACUUAUUCCAUUGUUCCUGGUUAUGUUGGGGAGUCUCUGAUCUCAACCUACGUCUCCAUUAACCCAGAUAACGGUAACGUUUAUGCUUUGCGCUCUUUUGAUUAUGAGGCGUUUAGGGAGUUUUUUAUAGUUGUUAAAGCCGUGGAUGGUGGUUCCCCACCACUGUCAGCAAACGCUACUGUGAAUAUUUUCAUUCAGGACGAGAAUGACAAUUAUCCUAAAAUCCUGUACCCAAUGUCAAGUGAUGAAGCUCCUGUAGGAAUCGAGAUAGUACCACUUCUAGCGGAUGCAAACUAUCUGGUUACUAAAGUGGUAGCAGUGGAUGCUGAUUCAGGACAAAAUGCAUGGCUUUCUUAUCAAUUGUUAAAGGCUACAGAUCCUAGCCUUUUCAUUGUAGGGUAUCACACUGGGGAAAUUAGGACAUCCCGCCCUGUUCUAGUAAAAGAACCAGUUAAACAAAUUAUUCAUAUCAUCGUAAAAGACAACGGACAGCCAUCACAUUCGUCUACAGCCAGUGUCACCAUAUUUGUUGCAGACUCAGAUAACUUCCCUCAAACAUUUUUGGAUGACAUCAAACCAUCAGAAAACCGUGAUCAGGACUCUAAUCUGACUCUGUAUUUGGUGAUUUCUGUUAUUUCUGUGUCUGCCUUGUUUCUUUGUUUCAUUAUACUUAUUUUUAUCUUCAAGUUUCAGAGAUGGAGACAGUCAUCAUUACUUAAGCCAACAUUUGUAGAUUACAAUCCGGGACACCUUCCAGACGAUGGUGAAACAGAACCCAUGGGACAUUGUCAGCCUCCUUACCUACAGAAGGUUUACCAAAACUCUAAUUCUGGAAGGAGUGAGUUUCAGUUUAUGAAGCCUUAUGGACUUGAUACAGUAACAGGUAAAGCAAUUACUGUCACUGAUAAGUCAGAACACAGCCCAGAAGAUACUUAUUAUGCAGAAUGUAGUGUUGUUUCACAGGUGAGGACCUUUAUCAUCCACUUUAUUCAAGAGAAUGGACUGCUACGUUACUCGGUGCCGGAGGAAACAGAACGCGGAUCUUUUGUUGGACAUCUUGCAGCAGAUGUGGGCAUCGAUCCUAAAGACGUAGCAGCUCGCCGCCUCCGGCUCACCUCAUCAGCCAAGAGCCACUUCUUUAAAUUUAAUUCGGAGACUGGGGAUCUAUACAUAAAGGAGACAAUAGACCGGGAACAGUUAUGUGGUAAAUUACCUUUGUGUCUUCUGACGUUUGAGGCUCUUGCUGAAAAUCCUUUGAAUGUAUUUACUGGGGAAGUUGAGGUUCAGGACAUUAAUGACAAUUCCCCAGUUUUCCUGAUCGACGUGAUUAAACUGACAGUCAUUGAAUCAGUUUCUCCUGGUGCCCGCUUUCCUUUAGGUCACGCGGAGGAUCCUGACAUUGGAACAAACUCACUUAUUGAUUAUGAGCUUAACCCUACGGAGUACUUCACUCUGAAUGUAAUGAACAGGGAGGGCAACCAAUACAUAGAAAUUGUUCUAAAUAACACACUGGAUCACGAAAAACACAGCGAUCAUUAUCUCGUUCUGACAGCAAAAGAUAAUGGGGACCCUAAACGAACCUGUACUGCACAGAUACAGGUAAGCGUUCUGGACAUUAAUGAUAAUGUACCUGUGUUCAGCCAGGCAAUCUAUAGGGCAAGCCUGAAGGAAGGUAUGCCAGAAGGUACAGCAAUAAUUACAGUAUCUGCUACUGAUGGCGAUGGAGGAUCAAAUGGAGAAGUAAGUUAUACCUACAGUAAAAUAACUGACACUGCACAUUCUCUGUUUAAACUGAAUCCCAUCACUGGAGAAAUAGUCACUGUUGGGGAUGUAGACUUUGAAGAAGUGCAAAGGUUUGAGAUAACUGUAGGGGCUAAAGAUGGCGGUGGACUGACUGCCCACUGUAAGGUAUUUGUUGACAUUCUUGACCAGAAUGAUAACGCUCCCGAAAUAAUAAUUAACUCCAUCUCUAAUGAUAUUUCUGAAGAUUCAUUACCUGGUACAGUUAUUGCUUUCAUAAAUAUUGUUGACCGGGAUUCCAAUGAGAAUGGUGAAACCGUUUUCCAGCUAGAAGAACGUACGCCAUUUAAGCUAACACCUUCUUUCAGGAAUUACUACACACUGGAGUUAAAUGGAUCACUUGAUCGUGAAGAGUUUCCUGAAUACAAUAUUACAGUCAUAGCUGUUGAUAAAGGCUUUCCGCCUCUUUCUACCGCCAAGACUAUCUGCCUCAAGAUUUCAGAUAUAAAUGACAACCCACCUCUAUUUUCUAAACCAGUAUACAAUGUGUAUGUAGCUGAAAAUAACCCGCUUGGAUAUUUAAUUUAUACUGUGGAAGCAAGAGAUGCUGACUGCAGUAAGAAUGCUCAAAUUACUUAUUCUGUUGCUCCCAGCUUUGUAGGAAACUCUUUACUCUCCGAGUGUGUCUCCAUCAACCCAGAUAAUGGUAACAUUUAUGCUCUGCGUUCCUUCGAUUACGAAGACUUAAGAGGCUUUCAAAUCCUAGUUCGGGCCGUAGACGGUGGUUCACCAUCAUUAAGUUCCAACGUUACUGUGAAUGUUUUCAUUCAAGAUGAGAAUGACAAUAUUCCUAAAAUUUUAUACCCAAUGCCAAGUGAUGAAACUUCUGCAGGCAUUGAGAUAGUGCCUCUUCUAGCGGAUGAAAAUUAUCUUGUGACUAAGGUGGUGGCAGUGGAUGCUGAUUCUGGACAGAAUGCUUGGCUUUCUUAUCAGUUGUUGAAAACUACAAAUAAUCUUUUCACUGUAGGAUAUCAUACUGGCGAAAUUAGGACAUCCCGCCCAGUUCUUGCUAAGGAACCAAUGAAAGAGACGGUUUUCAUUCUAGUUAAGGAUAAUGGACAGCCAUCACAUUCUUCCACCGCUAGUGUCACUAUAUUUAUAGCAGACAGCUUCUCUGACCCCCUUUUGGAUGCUAUCAGCCCAUCCGAACACAAGGACAGAGACUCGAAUCUGACUUUGUAUUUGCUGAUCUCUGUAAUAUCUGUGUCUGCUUUAUUUCUUUGUUUCAUUGUAGCUAUCUUUAUCAUUAGAUUUUAUAGAUGGAGGCAGUCCUCAAUGCCCCAAUCAUUUGUGGAUUACAAAUUUGGACAUCCUUCAGACUAUGGGGAAGAAGACCCUAUGAGAUAUAGGCAGCCUCCUUCUUUACAAGAAGUUUACUUAACUUCUGAUUCUAGGAAGAAUGAGUUUCAGUUAAUAAAGCAUUACUGCCUUGAUGCAAUGGGAGGUAGAAAUACUGACACUCAUAGAUCAGACGUCUAUCUAGAAGAUAAUUUUAAUUAUGGAGGGAUUGCUGUGUCACAGCUAAAUACUGCUGCUGAAAUGGAUAUCACGUCCAAUCCAAGGUGGAAGUCUGUCUGGCAGCAAUUAUUUUUCUUCGUGUUUUAUUCAUUUCAGUCCUUAACCUCGGCAGUCAUACGGUAUUCGGUUCCUGAAGAAAUGGACCGUGGCUCUUUUGUUGGACACCUUGCAAACGACGUGGGCAUACCUCGUACAGAUGUGGCAGCUCGUCGGCUACGUAUAUCCUCAUCAUCAAACACUCAGUUUUUAAAUAUUAAUUCUGAGACCGGAGAUUUGUACCUGACGGAGAGAAUAGACAGGGAGGAAAUGUGUGACAAAACGCCUUCAUGUAUCCUGACAUUUGAAGCUGUUGUUGAAAAUCCACUGCAGGUAUUUGCUGGAGAAGUUGAAAUUCAGGAUAUCAAUGACAAUUCCCCGGUGUUUGUACCUGACGAGAUAAAAUUAAGUAUCAGUGAGCUGACAUCUAUUGGAGCCCGGUUUAGGUUGGGUCAGGCAGAGGACCCCGAUAUUGGUGUAAAUUCACUUCUCGACUAUCAAAUGAAUCCUUCUGACUACUUCUACUUGCAAGUGACCGACAAAGAAAGCAGUCAUUACAUAGAGCUUGUUCUAAAUAAUACUUUAGAUCACGAAACACACAGGGAUCACUUUCUUAUCCUAACUGCAAAAGACAAUGGGAUCCCUAGGAGGUCUGGUACCUCACAGAUACACAUUAAUGUUGUGGACGUCAAUGACAACACACCUGAAUUCAGUCAAGCAGUUUAUAAAACCUCCCUGAAAGAAGGGUCACCAAAAGGCACCUUAGUAGCUAAAGUAAGUGCCACAGACCGUGAUGGAGGAGCUAAUGGGGAGGUACGAUAUAGUUUCAAAAAAAUAACUGAAACAGCCCGGUCUUUGUUUAGACUGGACCCAGUUAGUGGAGAAAUAAUCCUGGAGAGGAUUCUGGAUUAUGAAAAAGUGAAAUGGUUUGAAAUUACAAUUGAGGCUAAUGAUGGUGGUGGACUGACUGCCCACAGUAAGGUACGUAUCGACAUUCUUGAUGAUAAUGAUAACGCACCUCAGAUAAUCGUUUCCUCUGUUUCUGAUGAAAUUUCGGAAGAUGCUAUCUCUAGCACGGUUAUUGCAUUUAUAAAUAUUGUUGACUUGGAUUCCAGUAACAAUGGAGAAACAAACUGCUACCUCCAAGAAAAUGUUCCAUUUAAGUUGCAGCCCUCGUACAAGAAUUACUACACGCUGGAGUUAAAUGGAUCACUUGACAGAGAAAAGGUUCCCGAAUACAAUCUUACAAUCACCGCUAUUGAUAAGGGCUCACCACCUCUUUCAGCCGUAAAGACCCUCUACCUUAAGAUUGUUGAUAUAAAUGACAACCCUCCUCAGUUUUCUAAAGCCACAUACAAUGUAUAUGUCAGGGAGAACAAUCCUCCGGGAUAUGUAAUCCACACAGUAGAGGCAAAAGAUCCUGACUGGAACCAAAAUGCUCAGGUAACUUAUUCCAUUGUUCCGGGUUAUGUUGGGGAGUCUCUGAUCUCAACCUACGUCUCCAUUAACCCAGAUAACGGUAACAUUUAUGCUUUGCGCUCUUUUGAUUAUGAGGCGUUUAGGGAGUUUUCUAUGGUUGUUAAAGCCGUGGAUGGUGGUUCCCCACCAUUAUCGGCAAACGCUACUGUGAAUAUUUUCAUUCAGGACGAGAAUGACAAUUAUCCUAAAAUCCUGUACCCAAUGUCAGGUGAUGAAGCUCCUGUAGGAAUCGAGAUAGUACCACUUCUAGCGGAUGCAAACUAUCUGGUUACUAAAGUGGUAGCAGUGGAUGCUGAUUCAGGACAAAAUGCAUGGCUUUCUUAUCAAUUGUUAAAGGCUACAGAUCCUAGCCUUUUCAUUGUAGGGUAUCACACUGGGGAAAUUAGGACGUCACGCCCUGUUCUAGUAAAAGAACCAGUUAAACAAAUUAUUCAUAUCAUCGUAAAAGACAACGGACAGCCAUCACAUUCGUCUACAGCCAGUGUCACCAUAUUUGUUACAGACUCCGAUAACUUCCCCCAGCCACUUUUGGAUGACAUCAAACCAUCAGAAAACGGAGAUAAGGACUCUAAUCUGACUCUCUAUUUGGUGAUCUCUGUUAUUUCUGUGUCUGCCUUGUUUAUUUGUUUCAUUAUAAUCAUUUUUAUCAUCAAAUUUCAAAGACGGAGGCAGUCAUCAUUACUUAACCCAGCAUUUGUAGAUUACAACCUUGGACACCCUUCAAACUGUGGUGAAUCAGAACCCAUGAGACAUAGCCAGCCUCCUUGCAUACAGAGGGCUUACCUAACCUCUAAUUCUGGAAGGAGUGAGUUUCAGUUUAUGAGACCUUAUGGACUUGAUGCAAUGAGUGGUAAUGCAAUCACUGUCAGUGAUAAGUCAGAACCCAGUCCAGACAAUGCAUUUUAUGGAGACAGCAAUGCUAUCUCCCAGGUGAGAUCUUUUAUACUAAAUCUUGGUCCUGAAAUGGAUAUUACGUCCAAGCCAGGGAGGAGGUGUUCCCAGCACCAAUUAUUUUUCUUCCUAUUUUAUACGUUUCAGUCCUUAACCUCGGCAGUCAUACGGUAUUCGGUCCCAGAAGAAAUGGAUCGUGGCUCUUUUGUUGGACAUCUUGCAAACGACGUGGGCAUACCUCGUACAGAUGUGGCAGCUCGUCGGCUACGCAUAUCCUCAUCAUCAAAGAACCGAUUUUUAAAUAUUAAUUCUGAGACCGGAGAUUUGUUCCUGACGGAGAGAAUAGACAGGGAGGAAAUGUGUGAUAAAAUGCCUUUGUGUCUUCUGAUGUUUGAAGCUGUUGUUGAAAAUCCACUGCAGAUAUUUGCCGGAGAAGUUGAAAUUCAGGACAUCAAUGACAAUCCCCCGGUGUUCCUUCACGACAUCAUUAAAUUAAGUAUCAUUGAAAUGACAUCUCCUGGAGCCCGAUUUAGGUUGGGUGAGGCGGAGGACCCCGAUAUUGGUGUAAAUUCACUUCUCGACUAUCAAAUGAAUCCUUCUGACUACUUCUACUUGCAAGUGACCGACAAAGAAAGCAGUCAUUACAUAGAGCUUGUUCUAAAUAAUACUUUAGAUCACGAAACACACAGGGAUCUCUUUCUUAUCCUAACUGCAAAAGACAAUGGGAUCCCUAGGAGGUCUGGUACCUCACAGAUACACAUUAAUGUUGUGGACGUCAAUGACAACACACCUGAAUUCAGUCAAUCAGUUUAUAAAACAUCCCUGAAAGAAGGGUCACCAAAAGACACCUUAGUAGUUAAAGUAAGUGCCACAGACCGUGAUGGAGGAGCUAAUGGAGAGGUACGAUAUAGUUUCAAAAAAAUAACUGAAACAGCCCGGUCUUUGUUUAGACUGGACCCAGUUAGUGGAGAAAUACUUCUACAGGGGAUUCUGGAUUACGAAGAAACGAAAUGGUUUGAAAUUACUGUUGAGGCUAAAGACGGUGGUGGACUGACUGCCCACAUUAAGGUACGUAUCGACAUUCUUGAUGAUAAUGAUAACGCACCUCAGAUAAUCGUUUCUUCGGUUUCUGAUGAAAUUUCGGAAGAUGCUGUUCCUGGAACUGUUAUUGCAUUGAUAAAUAUUGCUGACUUGGAUUCCAGUGACAAUGGUGAAACAAGCUGUCACAUACAAGAAAAUGUUCCAUUUAUGCUACAACCCUCGUACAAGAAUUACUACACACUUAAGUUAAAUGGAUCACUUGAUAGAGAAAAGGUUCCUGAAUACAAUAUUACAAUCACCGCUAUUGAUAAGGGCUCACCACCUCUUUCAGCAGUGAGGACCGUCAGCCUUAAGAUUGUUGAUAUAAACGACAACACUCCCCAGUUUUCUAAAGCUACAUACAAUGUAUAUGUCAGGGAGAACAAUCCUCCAGGAUAUGUAAUCCACACAGUAGAGGCAAAAGAUCCUGACUGGAAGCAAAAUGCUCAGGUAACUUAUUCCAUUGUUCCUGGUUAUGUUGGGGAGUCUCUGAUCUCAACCUACGUCUCCAUUAACCCAGAUAACGGUAACGUUUAUGCUUUGCGCUCUUUUGAUUAUGAGGCGUUUAGGGAGUUUUCUAUGGUUGUUAAAGCCGUGGAUGGUGGUUCCCCACCAUUAUCGGCAAACGCUACUGUGAAUAUUUUCAUUCAGGACGAGAAUGACAAUUAUCCUAAAAUCCUGUACCCAAUGUCAAGUGAUGAAGCUCCUGUAGGAAUCGAGAUAGUACCACUUCUAGCGGAUGCAAACUAUCUGGUUACUAAAGUGGUAGCAGUGGAUGCUGAUUCUGGACAGAAUGCUUGGCUUUCUUAUCAAUUGUUAAAGGCUACAGAUCCUAGCCUUUUCAGUGUAGGGUAUCACACUGGGGAAAUUAGGACGUCACGCCCUGUUCUAGUAAAAGAACCAGUUAAACAAAUUAUUUAUAUCAUCGUAAAAGACAACGGACAACCAUCACAUUCGUCUACAGCCAGUGUCACCAUAUUUGUUACAGACUCAGAUAACUUCCCCCAACCACUUUUGGAUGACAUCAGACCAUCAGAAAACAGAGAACAGGAGUCUAAUCUGACUCUGUAUUUGGUGAUUUCUGUUAUUUCUGUGUCUGCCUUGUUUCUUUGUUUCAUAAUAAUUGUUUUUAUUAUCAAGUUUCAGAGAUGGAGGCAGUCAUCAUUACUUAAGCCAGCAUUUGUAGAUUACAACCCUGAACACCCUUCAAACUGUGGUGAAUCAGAACCCAUGAGACAUAGACAUCCUCCUUACAUACAGAGGGCUUACCUAACCUCUAAUUCUGGAAGGAGUGAGUUUCAGUUUAUGAGACCUUAUGGACUUGAUACAAUGAAUGGUAAUACAGUCACUGUCAGUGAUAAGUCAGAACCCAGUCCAGACAAUGCAUUUUAUGGAGACAGCAAUGCUAUCUCCCAGGUGAGAUCUUUUAUAGAAAUAAUCUGUGUUCGGUAUCUGGGCAUGAGUUCGGAAAUGGGCACCUCGACCAAGCCUGGGUGGCAGUGUGUCAAGCAGCAAUUGUUUUUAUUUUUAUUUUAUUCGCUUCAGUGCUUAACCUCAGGCACCAUACGAUAUUCUGUCCCGGAGGAGCUGGAUCGUGGAUCUUUAGUUGGAAAUGUUGCAAAUGAUUUGGGGAUACCUCUCAAGGAUGUGGCAGCCCGGCGGUUGAGAAUUACCUCAACAACAAAGACUCGGUUUUUAAAUAUUAAUUUACAGACCGGAGAUUUGUACCUUACAGAGAGAAUAGACAGGGAGGAACUGUGUGACAAAACGCCUUCAUGUAUCCUGACAUUUGAGGCUGUUGCUGAAAAUCCACUGCAGGUAUUUGCUGGAGAAGUUGAAAUUCAGGAUAUCAACGACAAUCCCCCGGUGUUCCUACCGGAUGAGAUUAAAUUAGAUAUCAGUGAAACCACAUCUCCAGGUGCUCGCUUUAGGCUGGGUCCCGCAGAGGACCGUGAUAUUGGUGCAAACUCGCUUCUUCAGUAUCAGCUUAAUCCUAAUGAAUAUUUCACUUUGACUGUGACUGACAGAGACAGCGGUUAUUACAUCGAGCUUGUUCUAAAUAAUAGCUUGGAUUACGAGAAACAGAGCGACCAUUUUCUUAUCCUCACUGCAAAAGACAAUGGGAUUCCUAGGAGGUCUGGUACCGCACAGAUACACAUCAGCGUUUUGGACGUGAAUGACAACACACCUGAAUUCAGUCAAGCAGUUUAUAGGACCAGCCUGAAAGAAAAUUCACCCAAAGGCACGUUACUAGUUAAAGUAAAUGCAACAGACCGUGAUGGGGGAGCUAAUGGACAGGUAAAAUAUUCUUUCAAAAAAAUCACAGACACAGGGCGUUCUUUGUUUAAGCUGGACCCAGUUAGUGGAGAAAUUAUUCUAGAGGGGAUUCUAGAUUAUGAAGAAAUGAAAGGGUUUGAAAUUACAGUUGAGGCUAAGGAUGGCGGUGGACUGACUGCUCAAUGCAGGGUGAUUGUUAACACCGUUGAUGACAAUGAUAAUGCACCUCAGAUAACUGUUUCCUCAGUUUCUGAUGAAAUUUCCGAAGAUGCCAUUGCGGGCACUGUUGUUGCUUUGAUAAAUGUUGUUGACUUGGAUUCCAAUGAUAGUGGUGAAAUUAGUUGUUUCCUAGACGAAAAUGUUCCAUUUAAACUGAUCUCUUCAUACAAGAAUUACUACACACUGGAGAUGACAGGAUCACUUGAUCGGGAAAAGGUUCCUGAAUACAAUAUUACAAUCACCGCUAUUGAUAAAGGUUCACCACCGCUUUCAACUAGAAAGACAAUUUUCCUUAAGAUUACCGACAUAAAUGACAACCCACCCACAUUUUCUAAAGUAAUAUACAAUGCGUAUGUAAGGGAAAACAACCCUCCUGGGUAUAUAAUCCACACAGUGGAAGCAAGAGAUGCUGACUGGAACCAAAACGCUCGAGUAACAUAUUCCAUUUUUCCUGGUUAUGUUGGUGAAUCUUUGGUUUCCACAUUUGUCUCCAUUAACCCAGAUAACGGUAACAUUUAUGCUUUGCGUUCGUUUGAUUAUGAAGCGUUUAGAGAGUUUUCUCUAGUAGUUAAAGCUAUGGAUGGUGCGUCCCCACCCCUGUCAGCAAAUGCUACUGUGAAUAUUUUCAUUCAGGAUGAGAAUGAUAAUUCCCCUAAAAUCUUAUAUCCGAUGUCAAGUGAGGAAGCUACAACUGUGGGCAUUGAGAUAGUACCCUUUUUGGCAGAAGCAAAUUAUCUUGUAACUAAAGUGGUAGCAGUGGAUGCUGAUUCUGGACAAAAUGCGUGGCUUUCCUAUCAAAUGGUAAAAGCUACUGAUACUAGUCUUUUCAAUGUAGGGUAUCACACUGGGGAAAUUAGGACAUCCCGUCCCAUUCAAGUGAGAGAACACAUGAAACAAAUUUUGCACAUAAUAAUAAAAGACAACGGACAACCAUCACUUUCAUCCACUGCCACUGUCACCGUAUUUCUAUCAGACUCAGACAACUUCCCCCAACCCCUUUUGGAAGCUAUCAACCCAUCGGAAAACAAAGGUCAGGAUUCUAAUCUCACCCUAUAUUUGCUGAUUGCAGUUAUCUGUGUAUCUGUCAUGUUUCUUUGUUUCAUUAUAAUUAUAAUUAUCAUCAAGUUUAAGAGAUGGAGGCAGUCAUCAUUACUUAAACCAACAUUUGUAGAUUACAAUCCAGGACACCCUUCGGACUACAGCAAAAGAGACCAUGCAGGAUACACUCAGGCACCUUUCACAAAGAAGGUUUGCCUGACCUCUGACUCUGGAAGGAGUCAGUUUCACUUCAUGAUGCCUCCUGGACGUGAUACAAUGACCGGAAAAACAACUAGUGUCACUCAUAGCUUAGAAUCAAACCAGGAUGAUACUUUUUAUGCAGAAAGUAAUUUUGUCUCCCAGGUGAGGUCCUUUACGAAAUAAUUCUUUGCUUUAACGUGUGCUGCAUUUAAUAAAACAAUAACUAUUUAAUUA